GCGUCGCCGCUGCCUGCAUCCGUACUGCUGCUGCUGGGAUUGCAGCUCCGGCUCAUACUACCGCCUCAGUGCUGGCAACACACCGGGAACAUACAUCUCAAGCUAUGGGCUUGAAGACGAAACAAUAAGGAUACUCGAAUUCUCCGUGCUGACGUUGACCUUAACUUCACUUUCUCCAGCCUGGUUUGCACCCCUCUACCGUUGGGGAUGAAUGCACCAAUGAGGAGCCUGACAGGUAUGCCUGAUCGCAUGUUAUGUGCAGUGCUGGAGCAAUUUCAGCUUUACUUUUCCCGUUGAUCCACUCUCUGUAUAGCACUGCGAGCCCCAGCAUGCUGAAGCGCAAGCAGAGCUCGAGGGUGGAGGCUCAGCCCAUGACCGACUUUGGACCGGACGAGACCCUCACGGACAGCGCCGACAUCCUCUGGAUAAACAAAGCAUGGGUCCACUCUCUCCUGCGUGCCUGUGCCAUCAUCAGUGUGAUCUCGGUGUGCAUGAACACGCCCAUGACGUUCGAGCACUACCCCCCGCUCCAGUAUGUCACCUUCACCCUGGACACCCUGCUCAUGUUCCUCUACUCGGCCGAGAUGAUUGCCAAGAUGCACAUCAGGGGCAUCGUCAAGGGCGAUAACUCCUACGUGAAGGACCGGUGGUGCAUGUUUGACGGCUUCAUGGUGAUCUUUCUCUGGGUCUCCUUAGUGCUUCAGGUGUUUGAAAUCGCGGAGCUUGUGGACCAAAUGUCUCCAUGGCGGAUGCUGAGAAUACCGCGAGCCCUGAUCAUGAUUCGGGCCUUCCGAAUCUACUUCCGAUUCGAACUGCCUCGCAGCAGAAUAAAUAACAUCCUCAAGCGGUCUGGCGAGCAGAUCUGGAGCGUGUCCAUCUUUCUGCUGUUUUUCCUCCUGCUCUAUGGAAUUCUGGGAGUUCAAAUGUUUGGCACGUUCAAUCAUCACUGCGUGACCAAUGACACUGUGAAAGGGAGCGUGUCCUGGAACAACCUGGCCAUCCCCGACACCCACUGCUCCCCGGACGGCGAGGGCUACCAGUGUCCAGUUGGCUUCAAGUGUGUGGACCUGGAGGAUCUGGGCCUGAGCAGGCAGGAGCUGGGAUACAGCGGCUUUAACGAGCUCGGCACCAGCAUAUUUACGGUGUACGAGGCGGCCUCCCAGGAGGGCUGGGUGUUCCUCAUGUACCGCGCCAUCGACAGCUUCCCACGCUGGCGCUCCUACUUCUACUUCAUCACACUCAUCUUCUUCCUCGCCUGGCUGGUCAAGAAUGUGUUCAUCGCCGUCAUCAUCGAGACCUUCGCUGAGAUCCGUGUCCAGUUCCAGCAGAUGUGGGGGUCAAGGAGCAGUACCACCUCCACUGCCACCUCUCAGAUGUUCCAUGAGGAUUCGGCAGGUGGAUGGCAGCUGGUGGCGGUGGAUGUGAACAAGCCUCAUGGCCGUGCUCCCGUUGUCCUGCAGCAACUGAUGCGCUCAUCAGUGUUCCACAUGUUCAUCCUCAGCAUGGUCGCCGUGGACGUGAUCGUUGCCGCCAGCAACUACUACAAAGGCGAGAACUACACAAGAGUCUACGACGAGUUCUACCUGGCAGAGCUUCGCUGCUUUUUUGACCUGGAGGCCAUGCUGAAGAUCUGGUGUCUGGGAUUCACCGGCUACAUCAGCUCCUCGCUGCACAAGUUUGAGUCCCUGCUAGUGAUGGGCACCACCCUCCACAUCUAUCCCGACCUCUACCACUCUCAGUUCACCUACUUCCAGGUGCUACGAGUGGUGCGUCUGAUUAAGAUCUCUCCUGCGCUGGAGGACUUUGUGUACAAGAUCUUCGGUCCGGGGAAGAAGCUGGGCAGCUUGUGUGUGUUCACGGCCAGUCUCCUCAUCGUCAUGUCCGCCAUCAGCCUUCAGAUGUUUUGCUUCGUAGAGGAACUGGACCGCUUCACCACCUUUCCCAGGGCCUUUAUGUCCAUGUUUCAGAUCCUGACUCAGGAGGGCUGGGUGGACGUCAUGGACCAGACGCUGGUGGCCGUCGGGAAGGUGUGGGCUCCCGUGGUCGCCAUCUACUUUAUCCUCUACCAUCUGUUCGCCACGCUGAUCCUUCUCAGCUUGUUUGUGGCUGUCAUUCUUGACAAUUUGGAGUUGGAUGAAGACCUGAAGAAGCUUAAGCAGCUGAAGCAGAGCGAAGCCAACGCAGACACUAAGGAGAAGCUGCCGCUGCGUCUGCGCAUAUUUGAGAAGUUCCCCAACCGCCCACAGAUGGUCAAGAUCAACAAGCUGCCCUCGGACUUCUCCGUGCCCAGAAUCAGGGAGAGCUUCAUGAAACAGUUCAUUGAUCGUCAGCAGCAGGACACCUGCUGUCUGUUCCGUAGGCUCCCCUCAGCAUCCUCGUCUUCGUGUGACCACUCCAAGAGGUCGGCCAUAGAGGACAGCAGAUACAUUGACCAGAAGUUGCGCAGGUCGAUAUUCAGCAUCCGAGCACGCAACCUGAUUGAGAAGGAGACUACCGUCAAUAAAAUUCUACGAGCCUGCACCAGACAGCGCAUGCUAAGUGGUUCCUUGGAGGGGGCGCCUGCCAAGGAGCGCUCCAUCUUAAGUGUCCAACAUCACAUCCGCCAGGAGCGCAGAUCCCUCAGACACGGAUCGACCAGCCAAAGGAUCACCCGGGGGAAGUCCCUGGAAACCCUCACCCAGGACCACUCGAGCACAGUGAGAUACCGCAACGCCCAGAGAGAGGACAGUGAGAUCAAAAUGAUCCAGGAGAAGAAGGAGCAGGCCGAGAUGAAAAGAAAAGUUCAGGAGGAGGAGUUGCGGGAGAACCACCCGUACUUUGACAAGCCACUCUUCAUCGUGGGGAGAGAACAUCGCUUCCGGAACUUCUGCAGGACUAUUGUGCGAGCCCGCUUCAACGCGUCAAAACCAGACCCCAUCACUGGGGCAGUGAAGCACACCAAGUACCACCAGCUCUACGAUCUCCUGGGUCUGGUCACCUACCUGGACUGGGUGAUGAUCGUGGUCACCGUCUGUUGCUGCAUCUCUAUGAUGUUUGAAUCGCCCUUCACCCGGGUCAUGCAUGUCCCCACUCUACAGAUCGGCGAGUUUGUGUUUGUGAUCUUCAUGAGCAUCGAGCUGAACCUGAAGAUCAUGGCCGACGGCCUCUUCUUCACUCCUACCGCCGUGAUCAGGGACUUCGGCGGUGUCAUGGACAUCUUCAUCUAUCUGGUGAGCCUGAUCUUCCUGUGCUGGCUGCCCAAUAACGUGCCCCCUGAGUCGGGCGCCCAGCUGCUCAUGAUGCUGCGCUGCCUGCGCCCACUGCGCAUCUUCAAGCUGGUGCCCCAGAUGAGGAAGGUGGUGCGCGAGGUCCUCAAGGGCUUCAAGGAGAUCUUCCUGGUCUCCAUUCUACUCUUGACAUUAAUGCUGGUGUUUGCAAGCUUUGGGGUUCAGCUCUUCGCUGGAAAACUCGCAAAGUGCAAUGAUCCCAACGUGGAGAGACGGGAAGACUGCCACGGCAUUUUCAGAAUCAACGUCAGCGUCUCCAAGAACUUAAACCUGAGGCUGAAGCCGGGGGAAAAGAAGCCGGGAUUCUGGGUGCCAAGAGUCUGGGCCAACCCUCGUAACUUUAACUUUGACAACGUUGGCAAUGCCAUGCUGGCGCUGUUUGAGGUCCUCUCCCUGAAAGGCUGGGUGGAGGUGCGCGACGUUAUCAUCCACCGCGUCGGCCCGAUACACGGUAUCUACAUCCAUGUGUUUGUGUUCCUGGGCUGCAUGAUAGGACUGACACUGUUUGUUGGAGUGGUCAUUGCUAACUUCAAUGAGAAUAAGGGCACCGCUCUGCUCACAGUGGACCAGAGGAGAUGGGAGGACCUGAAGAGCAGACUGAAGAUCGCUCAGCCCCUGCACCUCCCACCCAGGCCAGAGAACGGCGGCUUCCGUGCCAAGAUGUACGACAUCACGCAGCACCCGUUCUUCAAGAGGGGCAUCGCCGUCCUCGUCCUGGCCCAGUCUGUGCUGCUGUCCGUCAAGUGGGAUGUGGAUGACCCUGUGACCUUCCCCCUGGCCACCAUGUCUGUAGUCUUCACCUUAAUAUUUGUGUUGGAGGUGACCAUGAAGCUGAUAGCCAUGUCCCCAGCCGGCUACUGGCAGAGCCGCAGAAACAGAUACGACCUGCUGGUCACCUCCCUCGGACUCAUAUGGAUUGUCCUCCACUUCGCAUUGCUGAAUGAAUAUACCUACAUGAUGGGUGCAUGUGUGAUAGUCCUCAGGUUCUUCACUAUUUGUGGGAAGCAUGUGACUCUGAAGAUGCUGCUGCUGACGGUGGUGGUGAGCAUGUAUAAGAGCUUCUUCAUCAUCGUGGGCAUGUUCCUCCUGCUGCUCUGCUACGCUUUCGCCGGUGUGGUGCUCUUUGGCACCGUCAAGUAUGGAGAGAACAUCAACAGGCACGCAAACUUCUCCACGGCAGGCAAGGCCAUCACCGUGCUCUUCCGCAUCGUCACCGGAGAGGACUGGAACAAGAUCAUGCAUGACUGCAUGGUGCAGCCUCCGUUCUGUACGCCGGACAGCCUCCGCUACUGGGAGACGGACUGCGGCAACUACGCCGGCGCGCUCAUCUACUUCUGCUCCUUCUACGUCAUCAUCGCCUACAUCAUGCUCAACCUGCUCGUGGCUAUCAUUGUGGAGAACUUUUCUCUCUUCUACUCCACUGAAGAGGACCAGCUACUGAGCUACAACGACCUGCGCCACUUCCAGAUCAUCUGGAACAUGGUGGAUGACAAGCGGGAGGGACUGAUCCCCACGUCGCGAGUGAAGUUCCUGUUGCGUCUGCUGAGAGGCCGGCUGGAGGUGGACCUGGACAAGGACAAGCUGCUCUUCAAGCACAUGUGCUAUGAGAUGGAGCGUCUGCACAACGGAGGGGACGUCACCUUCCACGACGUGCUCAGCAUGCUGUCGUACCGCUCGGUGGACAUCCGUAAGAGCUUGCAGCUGGAGGAGCUGCUGGCGCGGGAGCAGCUGGAGUACACCAUCGAGGAAGAGGUGGCCAAGCAGACCAUCCGCAUGUGGCUCAAGAAGUGCCUCAAGCGCAUCCGGGCCAAACAGCAGCAGUCAUGCAGCAUCAUUGACAGCCUGCGAGACGGCCAGCAGCACCUGCGUCAGUUCUUCCCUCCGAGCAUCGAGACCACACUGCCCAGCGAGGAGGUCAACACCAACAACCAGGACAACAAUCCCUCACAGCCAGAGAACAGCGGUCUGCAGACGCUUCUCAGCCCCACACUGUCGGACCGUAGCGGCUACCGGCAGGACUCGUCCGACCUGACUCGCCCCCAGAGAAAGCUGGGGCAGUGGCGCCUGUCUGCAGGCCGCACCAGCAUGAGGUCCAUCACCCUGAAGAUGAACACCGUGAGCGACCAGGCCUCCUCGGGGUCAGAGGUCAAAAAGUGGUGGACGCGUCAGCUGACGGUGGAGAGCGACGAGAGCGGCGACGACCUCAUCGACUGAUAGCAGAGGAGCGCCACUCCUUCGGCGCGUGACCAGACAGCUCCCAGACACACACAUGGACGACCCUGUGGUCAGGGGCCGACCAUCAAAGCUGCCACCUUUUCAAUCCAUAUCAGACAAUGUGAGAAAAAGAUGACUUUCACUGACUGGCCGCCCGCACACACUUAAGUGUCAGUUCAUUUCGUUAUAUACAGUUGUUGGGCUGUGGAGCUUCGAAGGACUGUGUCAAUAGGCUGGAUGGUUUGUGAAUAAUAUUAUGGCUUUUUUUGGAGAGGAAGAGUGGGGUACUUAGGUGAGAAAGGAGAAGGUUGCAUUGGUAAUGAGUGGAGUAUUUACACAUGGCAUAUACAUGCUAUGGGGUUCUUUUCUUCAGUGGAGAAAAGAAGCUGCUGAUAUAGAAGAGAUAGGUCCUCAGGAAGUAUAUGGGGUCAGUGGCAAUGGUCUAGUGCUAAAGCAAACUCAUCAGAUUAUCCAGUCAUUGUGUCUACAUGAAAGCUAUACAGCACUUCAGACCGUAUUUCUGUGUGUGUGUGUGUUGUGUGUGUGUAUUUGUCCUCAUAUAUUGUGCCAAAUGUCUUGCUACUGUAAAUCUCUUGUGUCUUUCUAUAUGUGGGUUUGAUACUACAGAGGGUAUAUUAUCCAGAGAGCUGUCUGUAAAAGAGAAAGUUUCAAAACUGGCUACGGCCAUGAAUGUAAAGGAAUUAUAUGUGUAUGUGUGGUUGUGUAAUGUCCUAUAUAUAUACAUCGAAAAGAGUAUAUUUUAUAAGUAACCUAUAUAAAUGAAAUCAGAAUUUAUUAGAAUUACGUGAUUUUAAAUAAAGGCUUUAUAGAUGCUAAAUGUAA